GGGACAGGCGUUGCCGGGUCGCAGGUCCCGCCAGUGCGAGCGCAACGGAGGUCGAAGGCGUUCAGACUCUUAGCUGAACGCGGAGCUGCGGCGGCUAUGCUGUGGAGCGGCUGCCGGCGUUUCGGGGCGCGCCUCGGCUGCCUGCCCGGCGGUCUCCGGGUCCUCGUCCAGACCGGCCACCGGAGCUUGACCUCCUGCAUCGACCCUUCCAUGGGACUUAAUGAAGAGCAGAAAGAAUUUCAAAAAGUGGCCUUUGACUUUGCUGCCCGAGAGAUGGCUCCAAAUAUGGCAGAGUGGGACCAGAAGGAGCUGUUCCCAGUGGACGUGAUGCGGAAGGCAGCCCAGCUAGGCUUCGGAGGGGUCUACGUACAAACAGAUGUGGGCGGGUCUGGGCUGUCACGUCUUGAUACCUCUGUCAUUUUUGAAGCCUUGGCUACAGGCUGCACCAGCACCACAGCCUAUAUAAGCAUCCACAACAUGUGUGCCUGGAUGAUUGAUAGCUUCGGAAAUGAGGAACAGAGGCACAAAUUUUGCCCACCGCUCUGUACCAUGGAGAAGUUUGCUUCCUACUGCCUCACUGAACCAGGAAGUGGGAGUGAUGCUGCCUCUCUUCUGACCUCCGCUAAGAAACAGGGAGAUCAUUACAUCCUCAAUGGCUCCAAGGCCUUCAUCAGUGGUGCUGGUGAGUCAGACGUCUAUGUGGUCAUGUGCCGAACAGGAGGGCCAGGCCCCAAGGGCAUCUCAUGCAUAGUUGUUGAGAAGGGGACCCCUGGCCUCAGCUUUGGCAAGAAGGAGAAAAAGGUGGGGUGGAACUCCCAGCCAACACGAGCUGUGAUCUUCGAAGACUGUGCUGUCCCUGUGGCCAACAGAAUUGGGAGCGAGGGGCAGGGCUUCCUCAUUGCCGUGAGAGGACUGAACGGAGGGAGGAUCAACAUUGCUUCCUGCUCCCUGGGGGCUGCCCACGCCUCUGUCAUCCUCACCCGAGACCACCUCAAUGUCCGGAAGCAGUUUGGAGAGCCUCUGGCCAGUAACCAGUACUUGCAAUUCAAACUGGCUGAUAUGGCAACAAGGCUGGUGGCCGCGCGGCUGAUGGUCCGCAAUGCAGCAGUGGCUCUGCAGGAGGAAAGGAAGGAUGCAGUGGCCUUGUGCUCCAUGGCCAAGCUCUUUGCUACAGAUGAAUGCUUUGCCGUAAGUGAUUCCUCUGGCUCUCCUGGGAUGGACAGGGAACAGCUGCUAGGCCCAGGGGUCUUGAGAGACAUGAGUCAGCUGUGGAACCCAGCCCUCCUGGAAUCCCACAAGGAUCACCUUAAGCUUAAGGAUAUAAAUGAACUCAUGAGCGGCCUAUGUGGGAGCCCUCAUCGCUGGCUUUUAGGCCUGCUGCAUGCCAUUAUACACUUCAUUAUGUCACUGUUGUUUGGUUGUGUUCUAGGCGAGAAACCACCUUUGGAAGGUUCACAGCAGCCCCAGUUUAGCACUCUGCCAUGUUUACAUUGUCAGGCUGCAUUGCCACUAGGGGGAGCCAUAGCUCUUUAUCAUCCCAGCCAGGGUGGCUGUGGCAGCUUCUGCCUGGCAGAUCUGCAACCAGGCCUUGCAGAUGCACGGGGGCUACGGCUACCUGAAGGAUUACGCUGUUCAGCAGUACGUGCGGGACUCCAGGGUCCACCAGAUUCUAGAAGCACGCUUCUCAAACCUCAGCCUGUGCUGGAAUCGCCUGGAGGGCGUGGGAGCGCAGAUUGCGGGCCUCAACCCCAGAGCUUCUGCUCCAGAGGGUCUAGUGUGGGCCUGGGAAUUUGUAUCUGCAACAAGUCUUCAAGUGAGGCUGCCACAGCUUGUCUGAGAACCACACUUUGAGACCCACCGCUCUGGUGUUAAUGUCAGAGUCACAGGCUACCACAGGUAGCAAUGAAGUGAUGAGGAUACUGAUCUCUAGAAGCCUGCUUCAGGAGUAGAACCCACACUUGUUCUGGCCUGGUGUUCAGUGCGACUGCAGUCAGUGUUGAGUGGUGCCAUGUGGGCCGCUCUACUCCAAAGGAAUCAUGGAUUAGACGCAAGGGCUGAGCUCCCCUAGGGCAGGACCUGCACCCUGUGUGUUGGCACCAGCAUCGGGUCUCGGACUGGGGCAGAAUCCCCAGUGGAACCAGAAGAGCUGGCCUGAUGAGAAACAUCAGAAGAACACAUACUAACUUGUUUUCCUAAUGCCAGAAGGGUGACCAGUGAAGAUUCACCGUCAAACCAUGAAAGUCCUUUCUUGGAUCCACUUUAUCUUGAUUAGUCUGCAUUUUGCUAGUUCACUGGAUCCCUCCUCUAGGGGCCUGGGGACUUUCACUGAUGCUCUUCCUGAUUCUAGAGCAAAGGUGUGGGAAGGGGAAAUGGAGGAAUGCCCUCCUGUCUGUGUCGUUCUCUGUGCCACAGCUACAGAUGCAGAAGGUUUCUCUGGAUAGCACACCUCUGAAUGUAAAUCAUGAUAAAAUGGAUAUUUGGAAACUUACUCCUAAGCUGUGAUUUAGGGUGUAUUUCUACUUCUGGACUGCCUCAAUAUCAAGGGCUGAGACUUUUGAAUUUUGAAUAUUCGUUGGGUUUCAUGUUAAGAAGCCUGUGGUCUAGGAGUGCUAUUCAGUGUUUCUUUUCCUGAUAAACACUUUGAAUAUUUUUUUUGUGUUUUUGUUUCCUUUUCUGAAGCUGUUCCUCUUUUUAAAUAUUUUUAAUCACAUUGAUAAAAUCUAUCCUUCACCACCUCUGGUUCUACUAUAGUUGAUUUUUAUUUUAAAUGUUUAAUUGUAUUUGAUUAAACACUUAACUGGAUUUUGGAAUAAUAAAACUCUCGUCCAAUUUGGCUUUUAAAAA